CUGGACUGUUUCGACUUUCGGGUCGUGUAGACUCAUGUCUUUCCCAGAAGUUCUUGAACCACGGAUUUUUCGUGGAUUUUACUCAAAAAUGAUCUUUUCAGCUUCUUCCCGUUGUGUAUGAACUUACACACGGGAGGCAAGCUGAAUUCACAACGAUUUGUAGCAGCGAAGUCGUUUACAGAGUAAUGCACUGUUUACGUAAAGAUCCUGCCUAAUUACAUAUAUACUCAAGAGUUUUACUAUGGACAUUGAUCACGAUCGUGCUACGUUUGUUGAAAAUGAUUACAGUCGCAAAUUAUCCGAGAAAUACGAUCGCCUAUCCCAGGAGAAAACUGAAUUAGAGGGGUUGAAACAAAAGGCCUGCGAACUUCGCGAGCGUUUGAAGGCCAAAUGUGAGGAAACUCAUGGUGUUGAAAAGGAAAUCUUACAAUUGGCGCAUCAAGACAAUUCUUUUUCCGUGGAAUCUAGCGGAUUAGGACAUGUCGAAGUCCCGACAGGAAAUACAGAAGCUCUUAUCGAGAACCAGUUAUCGUGGGAUUUUGAAGGGCUUCGAAUAAAAGAGGAAAACAUAAGCUCGGAAUACGAGCAAGUUGUGGUUAAACUUAUCGAGAAAUACGACGAACAGUUGCACCGCAAACAGGCCGAACUAGAAUAUAUUCAGAAACAAAUGAAAGAAAAAGACGAGAAACGUCCAGAAGAUGUUCCCCGUGGUUAUAGUCCGGAUCGGCUACAGACAACGUCGAUGGAACAAUUUCAACUGGUCAGAGCCGGUGGUGAUGAUGUCUCGUUGAGUCCUUCAGCGAAAUUACGUGAAGCUCAGCGAGUGAUUGAUCUGAGGGACAAACGUAUCGAAGAAUUGCUGGAAACCUUGAAUUCCUUGCAAGAUCAAAUUAACUCACUUAUGAAACAAAAGGAGGAGCUCUUAAUGGUAAAUCAUCAAUGGGACGAUCAGUACCGACAGCUUAAGGCUGACAAAGAUCGUUUGGAUUCGCAACUCCGCCAGAGAGCUGGAAAAAUGCGGGAAAUCGACGAGACACAACGACAAGCGCCCGACGAUGCCACGAUCGCCGAGAUGACGAAAGUAAUCGAGCAGCUGACGCGGAAGAAGGCGGAGCUUGAGCAAAUAACAGCGAGACUUGCUGAUGAACUGGACAAGGCGAAGAAUGCUGAUCCAAGGUCCCGGCAGCCCGAUGAAGACAGUGCAAGGAUAAUUCAAGAGGUAACCAUGGAAAACGACAAGCUCGUUAAAAAAGUCAACGAGCUUGUGGAAGAGCAGAAGAAACGUGAUAAAAUAUGGGCAGCAGCCAAGAAAAUGAUCAGCGAAGAGAAAGCUGCCAAAGAAGCUGCCUUGCAGAUGAGAACGGCGGCGGAGGAACACAUCAAACAUCUUCAAGGUCUCUUUGAAAUCGAGAAACAAAGUCAAGCAGAACUUCGACAAGAAAUUGAAAGAUUAACUUCCGCUGGGGCCUCCUCGCAGCAACCUGUGGCUAGUUCCUCUUUGGUAUCGAUGAACGGGAAUGCGGAGCAGAUUGAGAUGUUAAAACAGCAAGUCGCCGUUUAUGCUGAUGAUUUUGCAAACGAGCGUUCUGAUCGCGAGCGUAUUCAGGCUGACAGAGAGGCACAAAAAGAGCGACUGAAGGAAUUUGAAAGAGAAAUAAAGUUACUGAAGGAACAGAUUCAGAUUUAUCGCGAUGAUUUUGACAACGAAAGACGCGACAAGGAGAGACUCCAGAGACAGCUGAGGGAGAGGAGACCGGAUGUCCAGGUCCCUGCUGAAGAACCGUGGUACAGAGUACCGCCUGCUGACUACAUCACUAUGCAUCCUCGUCGACAGCCUGCAUACCCGCAAGAUAAUAGAGCGUAUCGUUACUCGCCCAGAGAAAUCCAGGAGAUAGCUUAUCAACAACAACAGCAGCCACUACACGCCCGCGUUCAGGCUGGAAACGGCCAUCCUGGCGGGCUGUGCCACGGCUGCGAGGUCGACUGUGACGGUCCAGCGGCAACCCUCAAAUGCCCUCGCUGCGAACGAGUCUUCGCAUCGCACGAGAGGCGGCCAUUUGAAGAGCACAUUGAUAAGUGCACAACCUGAGUUCACGUGAGUGAAUUUGCACUUUUUGCUGGAUAGAACUGGUAUAACUGUUGUGAUCCUCCUGUAUGGAUCACGCUAAACUUCACUUCAUUAAUGCCGCGUCUGUUUCGCUGUAUCAGCAGCGGUUGUGGGUAUUCUAUAAUUCGUUUACUCGAUUGGCGUUCAGUAUAAAUACAUUUAAUCAGCAAAUUAUCUUCUGACUGUUGUAUACAAUCGACAUUCGUAUCAAAAGCAAAUAACGUUUUCCUGUGCAUGAAUUGAGACCCAGAAAACUCUUUGUACAUGAUUAGAAAACAUAUACUAAAUGAUAGCUACAUCUAUGGUUGCAAAGUUGGAGGUUAAAAUUAAAAAUUAUUUCGGGAGAGGUUAAGCAUUUUUUGGCGCAAAAAAAUAAAAAAAAAUAACACUAGAACUAAGCGAAAGAUAGCGCAAUGAAAGUGAUCAUUUUUACACGAAAAGACAUGGACAUUCAUCGUGUCCUGAUUUUGCUUUUUCUUGCGAAGAAGAGAAAAAUUCAAAGGCAGAAUAGAUCAGGACAGUUUCUAAACAAGGUUUCUAAAAGAUCGCUAAAAUCAGAAAUUAAUAUAACAAAUUUAUUGAACAUAUUCAAACGGAGAAAAUGCAAACGGGACACGAGAUCCCAUGCGAGGCAUUCCUCCGAUUACAUAUUUACAUAUACAAAAACAAAUAACACACAGAAGAAACGUAAGUUAUAUAGCUACACGCAUCGAAGAAUAAGCAAA